AUUCACACAUCUCCCACCAUCCACACAUCUCCCACCAUCAACAGCCACCACAUCCAUAUCCUUCCAUGUCGGCCCCGCUGCAAGCUCCUCGCAAGACCCCUGGCCGACGAAUGAUGGAGAGGCUAGUGCCUUUGGCGCGGUCGCCUUCAAAGCCUCCUCCCAAGUCGCUCCCGCCACCCAAAGAAUCGGCUGAUCAAAAAGAGCCCGAUCCGCCAGUCUACUUUGAGCUCGUGCCAGCCGGAGACCCGGCCAGGAUCUCGCUCCUCCCCGUCACCAGCUUGAACUACUACUCUCUUGGCUCGCUCUCCGUCGCGGCCGAUCAGGAGCAGCAUAUCCCCUCCAACUGGAAAUCCAUUGCACAGGGCUUCUAUGAGCCCGACGCCUGGAUCCGAGGCAUAUACUUCACGCCCAACAAGAAGAUCGCAUAUCCCUCUGGCCCAAGUCAGGCCGUGGCCACUCUGAUCCAGAAUCUGUCGUCCCCGACUCCAGCUGUCCAUUCAACACUUCAUCCGACUCGCCGUGCCUCGGCCCUCAAGUCGCUGGCAACGUUCUCAUCCCUGCCCUCGCUCUCGAGCGUUUUGUUCCAGCAGCCGGGCGCCCAAUCCUCAGCCCGCGGCUCAGAGCCCUUGCUUUCGCCGGCACAGCAGCUGUCACUUAACCCCCAAGAAGACGCCGUGCCAGUUGGUCUCGUAAUGCUUUCGCUACCAGAAAACAUUCAAACGCGCAAUCCUUUUCUGUGGAGGCUGAUGAUUGACAAGCGCUAUCAAGGCAAGGGCUUUGGACGGAAGGCUGUUGAGCUCGUGCGGAACGAGGUGCUCAAGUUUCUUCCGGAAGCUACCCACUUGGAUACAUGCUGCAAGAUAUCGCACCUCGACUCAAGUCCCUUGGCCUUUUUCCAUAAAGUUGGAUUCGUUCAAAAGCCCCCAUCUCCGUCCGAGAGCGAUAUCGCCGACCUUGUUCUUGACUUAUUUGAUGGAUUUGAAGAAUGAAGACAUCUCCCACCAUCACCAUCACCAUCACCAU